UCUCUCUCCUUUAUACUUGUCGAGUCAAAGCAGAGAAACAACUGCAAAUCCCUCUCUCUCUCGUCAUGUUCGCUUCUCUUCUAAGAAAUAGAGAAAUGCAGCAGUGAUUGUACUUCUUCUUCUUCUUCUGUCAUCUUCGUCGUCUCGCAUUCUCCCUGAGGGGCUUUGAUGUUCUGACGAUCUCCUUCAGGGUAGAUCUGGAUAGAGGCAAGGUGUCUGGGUCUACUUUGUUUUGAGAAUCUUGAGCCCUAAGCAAAAUAUGGCAACUGCACUCGGAUGGAGAUUUUCUUCUGCCAAUGGCAAUGGCCUUGCCCAAAACGAGAUGGAGAGGAAUGGAGAUAUUAAAAUUCAAGAUUCAGAGCCCCCAACUCCACAUUCAAGUGCAAGGAUGGGUUUGAGAGAGCGCACAAGCAGCAUGGAGGAUCCAGAUGGAACAUUAGCUAGUGUUGCCCAAUGCAUUGAGCAGUUGCGGCAAAGUUCAUCGUCUGUACAAGAAAGAGAAUACUCCCUGAAGCAGUUGCUAGAACUUAUAGAGAGACGUGAAAAUGCAUUCAGUGCUGUCGGAUCGCAUUCCCAAGCUGUGCCAGUACUUGUUUCACUCCUCCGAUCAGGAUCAUUUGGUGUGAAGAUACAUGCUGCAACCGUCUUGGGUUCACUUUGCAAGGAGAAUGAACUUAGAGUGAAAGUGUUACUUGGGGGAUGCAUUCCCCCCUUGCUUGGUCUUCUCAAGUCCAAUUCAGUCGAGGGGCAGAUCGCUGCAGCAAAAACAAUCUAUGCUGUUUCUGAAGGUGGGGUGAAGGACCAUGUUGGAUCGAAGAUUUUUUCCACAGAAGGAGUUGUACCAGUUCUGUGGGAACAGCUGCGCAGUGGAAGCAAGAAGGGAGACUUGGUUGAUGGUUUGUUAACUGGUGCUCUAAAGAACCUUUCUAGCACCACUGAGGGAUUUUGGUCUGAGACAGUUGGAGCUGGGGGAGUGGAUGUACUUGUGAAGUUGCUUGCAAGUGGGCAGUCAAGUACACUCUCUAAUGUCUGCUUCCUUCUUGCUUGCAUGAUGAUGGAGGACGCAUCUAUUUGUACAAGUGUAUUGACUGCAGACAUUACAAAACUGCUUCUCAAGCUAUUAGGGUCAGGUAAUGAAGCCUCGGUGAGAGCAGAAGCUGCUGGUGCUAUCAAGUCGCUUUCUGCUCAGUCUAAGGAAGCAAGGAAAGAAAUUGCUAAUUCUAACGGUAUUCCCGCUUUAAUAAAUGCAACAAUAGCUCCUUCUAAAGAAUUUAUGCAAGGGGAACAUGCACAAGCAUUACAAGAGAAUGCGAUGUGCGCCCUUGCCAAUAUUUCCGGUGGUCUGUCGUAUGUGAUAUCAAGCCUUGGUCAAAGCCUUGAAUCUUGUUCCUCGCCUGCUCAAACCGCCGACACUCUUGGAGCAUUAGCUUCAGCAUUGAUGAUAUAUGAUGGGAAAGCAGAAUCUACGAGAGCAUCAGAUCCAGUGGCCAUUGAGCAGACUCUGAUUAAGCAGUUCAAGCCUCGUCUGCCAUUUCUUGUACAAGAACGUCUCAUAGAAGCUCUUGCAAGUCUGUACGGGAAUUCCAUUCUCUCAGUUAAACUUUCCAACUCAGAUGCAAAACGUUUGCUUGUUGGUCUUAUAACAAUGGCAACGAAUGAGGUUCAGGAUGAGCUCAUAAAGGCUCUUCUGACGCUGUGUAACCAAGAAGAUAGCCUGUGGCAGGCACUCCAGGGCCGCGAGGGGAUUCAAUUGUUGAUAUCUCUUCUGGGACUUUCAUCAGAACAACAGCAAGAAUGUGCGGUUGCACUUCUUUGUCUUUUGUCUAAUGAAAAUGAUGAAAGUAAGUGGGCCGUCACUGCUGCUGGGGGUAUACCUCCACUAGUUCAGAUUUUGGAGACAGGUUCUGCCAAAGCGAGGGAAGACUCUGCAACAAUUCUUAGAAACUUGUGCAACCACAGCGAAGAUAUCCGUGCUUGUGUUGAAAGUGCCGAUGCAGUCCCUGCUCUUCUAUGGUUGCUAAAGAAUGGAAGCCCAAAUGGGAAAGAAAUUGCGGCUAAGACUUUGAAUCAUUUGAUUCAUAAAUCAGAUACCGCGACAAUCAGUCAGCUAACUGCACUACUGACCAGUGAUCUGCCUGAGUCCAAGGUUUAUGUUUUGGAUGCUUUAAAAAGUAUGCUUUCUGUAGUCCCAAUCAACGAUCUGUUACGUGAAGGCAGUGCUGCAAAUGAUGCUAUUGAGACCAUGAUCAAGUUGAUGAGCUCGAUGAAGGAAGAGACUCAAGCUAAUUCAGCAUCAGCUCUUGCUGCCAUUUUCCUAAGCAGAAAGGAUUUGCGUGAGAGCCCUCUCGCCCUCAAAACUCUUUCGUCUGCCAUGAAACUUUUGAAUGUGGAAUCUGAGAAGAUCUUAGCUGAUUCCUCCCGUUGUCUUGCUGCGAUUUUCCUUUCGAUUAAGGAGAAUCGAGAAGUUGCUGCUCUUGCCAGAGAGGCAUUGCCAGCGCUGGUGUCUCUGGCUAACUCCUCUGUCCUGGAAGUUGCUGAGCAAGGAACAUCCGCAUUGGCCAAUCUGAUAUUGGAUAGUGAAGUAUCAGAGAAAAUCGUUGCUGAAGAAAUUAUAUUGCCAGCCACUAGGGUUUUACGUGAAGGUACUGUAUCUGGAAAAACCCUUGCAGCUGCAGCUAUUGCUCGCUUGCUUAGUCGACACCCGAUUGAUUCUGCCUUGAGAGAGACUGUGAACCGUGCUGGAACAGUUCUUGCCCUGGUAUCACUUAUUGAAGCUGCCGAUGGAAGAUCUGAUGCAAUAUCAGAGGCACUAGAUGCGCUCGCUAUUUUCUCAAAGUCAGGAGCUAGCGGGAAUGUCAAACCAGCUUGGGCAGUUCUAGCUGAAUCUCCCAACAGUAUAGCCCCUAUAGUUUCAUCCAUUGUUAGCGCUGUCAAUCCCUUAUUACAGGAUAAAGCUAUCGAAGUGUUGUCAAGACUUUGUCUGGAUCAGCCAGUGGUUUUGGGGAGCAUGGUCAUCAGUGCCACUGACUGCAUACAGUAUAUAGCUAAAAGGGUUAUCAGUACCAAAAACCCAAAAAUAAGAAUUGGCGGAGCGGCUGUUAUUAUUUGUGCUACAAAAGUUAAUCAUCAGAAGGUGGUAGAAGUUCUUAAUGAGUCGAAUGUGUGUGCUGACCUCGUUCAAGCACUUGUGGGAAUAAUAAAUUCAUCUGAGACUUCCGUGCGAGACCAGGAAAAGGGUGACAGAGAAGAUAUAUGUAUAGAUAUUCACCGUAAACAAGGAGGAGAAGAAAAAGAAGAGGAGGAAGAAGUGACCAGAAAUGGAGAGGGUCAUAAGGGGGCAGCUGUUAUUUCAGGUGACAGUCUAGCCAUCUGGCUGCUCUCUGUUCUUGCUUGUCAUGAUAAAAACAGUAGAGCUGUUAUAAUGGAGUCAGAAGGAAUUGAACUACUUACUGACAGAAUCAGCAACAGUUAUCUCAGAUUCUCUCAGAUUGAUUAUGGAGAAGACAGCAGCAUAUGGGUCAGUGCACUACUGCUAGCCAUACUUUUCCUAGACCGAGAUAUCAUCCGUGCAAACGCAACAAUGAAAGCCAUUCCAGUGCUCUCGAAUCUGUUGAAGUCAGAAGAAUCAGCAAACAGAUACUUCUCAGCCCAAGCGGUGGCCAGUCUUGUCUGUAAUGGUAGUAGGGGAACUCUCUUGUCUGUUGCCAAUUCUGGUGCAGCAGCUGGGCUUAUCUCAUUGCUUGGCUGCGCUGACGUUGACAUAAAAGAACUUCUACAGUUGUCAGAGGAGUUCAGUUUAGAGCGUUACCCCGACCAAGUUGCCCUCGAGAGGCUCUUCCGGGUUGAAGAUAUUAGAGUCGGGGCUACUUCUCGGAAGGCGAUCCCCUUGCUAGUUGAUCUACUAAAGCCGAUACCAGAGCGUCCGGGUGCUCCACAACUCGCUCUAAAUCUUCUAACUCAGCUCUCAAAAGACUGUGCGCAGAACAUGAUUGUCAUGGUCGAAUCAGGUGCCCUAGAGGGCCUCACGAAAUAUCUUUCCCUUGGCCCACAGGACGAGCAGGAGGAAGCUGCAACAGAUCUUUUAGGCAUCCUAUUUAGCAGUGCUGAAAUCCGAAGACACGAGUCAGCAUUCGGGGCUGUCAGUCAACUCGUCGCGGUUUUACGGCUUGGUGGAAGGGGAGCAAGGUACAGUGCUGCCAAGGCAUUGGAGAGCCUGUUUUCUGCAGACCAUAUAAGGAAUGCAGAGUCUGCCCGACAAGCUGUUCAACCAUUGGUUGAGAUUCUCAAUACCGGAAUAGAGAGAGAGCAACAUGCUGCCAUUGCUGCGCUUGUUAUGUUGUUGAGUGACAAUCCAUCACGAGCACUGGCAGUCGCAGAUGUGGAGAUGAAUGCAGUGGAUGUUCUCUGUCGGAUUCUUUCUUCAAACUAUUCAAUGGAACUAAAGGGGGAUGCAGCAGAGUUGUGUCAUGUUCUGUUUGCAAACACAAGGAUUAGGUCCACAGUUGCUGCGGCUCGCUGUGUUGAGCCCUUGGUCUCUCUCCUCGUAAUCGAAUUCAGCCCAGCUCAGCAUUCAGUGGUACGAGCACUAGACAAGCUUGUCGAUGAUGAACAGUUGGCUGAACUAGUUGCAGCCCAUGGUGCAGUCGUUCCUCUCGUCGGCCUUCUCUAUGGUAGGAACCACGUCCUUCAUGAGGCUAUAUCCAGGGCGUUAGUGAAGCUAGGUAAGGACAGGCCUGCUUGUAAACUGGAAAUGGUGAAAGCCGGAGUUAUUGAUUGCAUACUCGAUCUUCUCCAUGAAGCUCCAGAUUUUCUCUGUGCUGCUUUUUCUGAACUGCUACGGAUCCUUACGAAUAAUGCUACUAUUGCUAAGGGACCAUCUGCUGCCAAAGUGGUCGAGCCACUUUUCUUUUUGUUGACCAGACCGGAGUUUGGCCCUGACGGACAGCACAGUGCAUUGCAAGUUCUCGUGAAUAUCUUAGAACAUCCACAAUGCCGAGCUGAUUACAAUCUUUCUCCACACCAAGCAAUUGAGCCAUUGAUCCCAUUGCUUGAUUCUCCAGCCCCAGCAGUACAGCAACUGGCAGCUGAGCUUUUGUCUCAUCUGCUCUUAGAGGAGCAUCUGCAGAAGGACCCGUUAACGCAACAUGUAAUCGGUCCGUUAAUCCGUGUUCUUGGAUCUGGAAUACACAUAUUGCAGCAGAGAGCUGUGAAAGCUCUUGUUAGCAUUGCCUUAAUGUGGCCAAAUGAAAUAGCUAAAGAGGGCGGAGUGAGCGAGCUGUCAAAGGUGAUACUUCAAGCCGAUCCCUCGAUGUCUAACAUGUUGUGGGAGUCUGCAGCAUCGAUUUUGGUGAUCAUUUUGCAGUUCAGCUCCGAAUUUUAUCUGGAAGUCCCUGUCGCUGUUCUCGUAAGGCUUCUUCGCUCAUCCUCCGAGAACACUGUGAUCGGUGCCCUAAAUGCGCUUCUAGUGUUGGAAAGCGACGACGGAACAAGUGCAGAAGCAAUGGCUGAAAGUGGCGCCAUUGAAGCUCUUCUCGAUCUUCUAAGGUCUCAUCUGUGUGAGGACAUGGCUGCAAGACUUCUCGAGGUAUUGCUCAACAAUGUCAAGAUCAGAGCAUCGAAAGCCACAAAAACAGCGAUUGUGCCCUUGUCACAGUACCUUUUGGAUCCGCAGACGCAGGCCCAGCAAGCGCGGUUACUGGCAACAUUGGCACUCGGCGAUCUUUUCCAGAAUGAAACCCUCGCUAGAAGCGCUGACGCGGCUUCUGCUUGCCGUGCACUCGUCAAUGUCCUGGAAGAACAACCCACAGAAGAAAUGAAAGUAGUAGCCAUAUGUGCCCUGCAAAACCUCGUUAUGUAUAGCCGGUCCAACAAAAGGGCAGUCGCCGAGGCAGGCGGUGUGCAAGUUGUGUUGGAUCUGAUCGGUUCCAGCGACCCCGACACAUCGGUCCAGGCCGCAAUGUUCGUUAAACUCCUCUUCGCUAAUCACACCAUUCAAGAAUAUGCAUCUAGCGAGACCGUCAGGGCAAUAACUGCUGCUAUCGAGAAGGACUUGUGGGCAACUGGAACAGUGAACGAGGAGUAUCUCAAAGCUCUAAACGCUCUGUUCAACAAUUUCCCGAGACUAAGAGCCACUGAGCCAGCGACACUAAGUAUUCCGCAUCUGGUUACAUCGCUCAAGACAGGGUCGGAGCCGACUCAAGAAGCUGCAUUGGACGCAUUGUUUCUUCUAAGGCAAGCAUGGACGGCCUGUCCAGCUGAAGUGUCUAGGGCUCAGUCAGUUGCUGCAGCAGAUGCCAUCCCCUUGUUGCAAUACCUUAUCCAGUCGGGCCCACCGAGGUUCCAGGAGAAAUCGGAGUUCCUCCUCCAAUGUUUACCCGGAACUCUGGUGGUUACGAUCAAGCGUGGCAACAACAUGAAACAAUCCGUUGGAAACCCUAGCGUGUUUUGCAAGCUAACACUCGGCAACACUCCUCCUAGACAAACCAAGGUGGUGUCGACGGGUCCUAAUCCAGAAUGGGACGAGAGCUUCUCAUGGUCAUUUGAGAGUCCUCCAAAGGGACAGAAACUUCACAUCUCAUGCAAGAACAAAAGCAAGAUGGGGAAGAGUUCGUUCGGGAAGGUGACGAUCCAAAUAGAUAGGGUUGUGAUGCUGGGAGCGGUGGCAGGUGAAUACACUUUGUUGCCUGAGAGCAAAAGCGGCCCCAGGAACCUUGAGAUCGAAUUCCAGUGGUCUAACAAAUAACUUCCCAUUUUCUAAAUGUGGGAAUUCAAAAAAAAAAAAGUAUAUCAUCGGACACUUUUUUUUUUUUUUGCCAAUUUUCGAAGUGUGUAUUUUUAUAUUGACUGUAUAUAGCUGGUCACCAUUACAUUAAUUUCUUUUUUCUUUUGUUUUGUUUUUGUUGUUGUUGUUGUUGUUUGUGCAAGCAACUCUUCAAAGUGUAGUAAUUCAAUUCAUUUGUAACA